UUUACGACAGGAUGUAUUCACCAGUUGUCAGAGCAACACUACCGCCCCUGUUGAGUUACAUUGUAGCAAGCAUAGCCAUCUAUGUCAAUACAAUGAUGUAUCAGAGGGCUGUAAUUACUGUUUGUUGUUUUUGAAAGGUCUUUAUCCGACGAGUUAUAACAUGAUAACUUGCAGCAGUCGUUUCACAGCAUACUACGACGAGUUUGAGGAACUCAUGUAUGAGCAUCGAAUCGAAUGCUGAGAAUUCAUUGUGCAAGACAUCUUUCAAUAACUCGAAAUCAUUUUUCUAAACGAACGAGCCUUGUUGCCUUUUGGAUGCCUGUAGCGACAGACUCCAAACAGACCUAAUCAGAGGCCCACAUUCCAUGCCUGGGGUUCCGUUUUAAGCUCUAAGCCAGUCAAUGAUGCUAACCCCCACCACCCCUGAAGCAGAGGACAAGGCCUAUUGCCGUGACUCCCCACAGAAGCUUGCGGCUCAAUUCUCCCACUCAUGCCUGUGAUCCCCAUCCCUCGGCGUGUGCGUAGCUUCCAUGGUCCCCACACCACCUGCAUGCACUCAGCCUGUGGGCCUGCACACACCACCCAGCUUGUGCGCACCAAGUACAACAAUUUUGACCUUUACCUGCGCUCACGCUGCAUGUACGGCUUCCUGCGCUUCCUGCUCUACUUCGGCUGCAGCCUUCUGACCUCCCUCCUCUGGGUGGCGCUGUCGGCUCUAUUCUGCCUGCAGUACGUGAGCGCCCGUGUCUUCCUGCGGCUGCAGUACAAGCUGUCCGUCAUCCUGCUGUUGCUAGGACACCGGCGCCUUGACUUUGGGGUGCUCAACAACCUGUUUAUCUACAGUAUGCAGGUCACAAUGUUCCUGGUGGGAGGCCUGGGCUGGUGCUUCAUGGUGUUUGUGGACAUGUAGCUUCUGGUGACAACAGUGACCAUGGAUUAAAAAAAUAAAAAAUAUUUAACCUUUAUUUAACCAGGUAGGCCAGUUGAGAACAAGUUCUCAUUUACAACUGCGACCUGGCAAAGAUAAACGCAAAGCAGUGCGACACAAACAACAACACAGAGUUACACAUGGAAUAAACCAAUGUACAUCCAAUAACACAGUAGAAAAAAAGUCUAUAUACAGUGUGUGCACUGUUAUAUACCAAUGUCAGCACAGCACAGCAGCCAUUUUGUACCAAAACAUUACCACACAGCAGCAGUUGCGAUGAAGGCGUAAGGAUGACCAGGAAUAGAAGGUGGACAGAAUGUAUGGUUACACUCUGGUGCUAAUUGCCUGAAAAAAGCUGAUGCAUACUUACUCUAAGACUUCUGUAAUAACAAGCCUUACUUUAGUUUGGACCAUGAGGGGUGGGAUGCCUCUCAAGACCCUAGAAAGGAAAACAUGCUAUCUUCUGUUUGACUGGAGAAAACAAAUCACGCAAAAUGUUGAAUUCUAAACAUAAAGGAAAUGUUCGUAUUGGUGUUGGAAUCAAUUCCCUAGGUGACCAACAUUCUUUUUGUAACAUUAUUAUUUUAUACAUCGUCUUUUGAUAAAAAAAAUAAAAAGCAACAGUAUCGUGCUGUAAAGUAUAUGGAUAAGUGA